AUGCAGGGAAAGAAGAACAACAACCCCGCAUACCCAGAUUACACUCCGUCCAUUUUCCCGCAAGCAGUGCUGAAGGAAUUGACUAAGAGUACCACACUUGAUCGCUUCAAGAGAGCACAGAAAAGAAAAGCACCAUCCACUACUCUAGUAUCACGAAAGGAAAGGAAGACUGAAACUGAUGGAGCCUUUUUCUCGCCCCCAGCACCUGAACACUGCUUUGAGGUCACCAUCGGUCACACCCUCCGGGGUAGGACCAGUUCUUACUACGUCCAUGUCACCAAGUGCCAGGCCCUGGAUAGGAACCAGAAUGUGGCUGUGAAGAUAAUGAAAGACCACAAUCUCAUUGAGAGCAUGAAAGCAAAGAUAGGACUGUUCCACUACGGGGGGAAUGAAUUCAGUAACAGCUCAGCAGAGACGGCCAGAGUUCCCUAUAAGAAAAAGCUGUCACGUUUCCCUGGACAGUCAGUAAUCUACUCUUACACAAAGCAUGUGUCGUCCCAUGUCCCGUCCUCUGCUUCCAUGUUCAGCCUCCCGUUCACCUCUCCAUGA